CUGCGUCGUGAUUGUUUUGGAAUGAGCUGCUUUGUGCCCGCCGUUGUUUCCAUGCCAGCAUGGGAACCGCCGUGUCCAAGAGGAGGAAUCUGAGGAAUGAUGCGAUUUCAUCGGUGGCAGCAAAAGUUAGAGCAGCCCGAGCAUUUGGAGAGUACCUUCACACUCAUCCCGAGAACCAGAACGGAUCAGACCGCUUGCUGUCUGACACCCUCGCCGGCCACGACUCGGACUCCCCGGACAGCGUUUGCGCUCAGAACAACAACCACCACAGCGGCGGCGAGCCCUGCCUGACCAACCCCACGCUGCGUUUGCUGCAGCCUACUCCCACCUCCUCCGCCAGCCGCCUGGCACUGGAGCGCAGCUUCUCGGCCGAGGAGGAGCAGCAGAAGUGCGUGGAGUGCGCGCUGCAGCCGUCACGCGUCUACACCAUCAGCGGCGAGAGCGCCAUGCUGGCCAGCAACCGCACCAGCAAGGAGAGCCUGGAGCUGGAUGUGUUAAGGGGGGAACAGGAUCCCCAUUCAUCCCAAAUCCUGAACCAGCCCUCGACGUCAUCCUCCCCCACCCAGGCCCAUCACCACCGUCACGCCAACCACCAUCCGAGCGCGGCACCGAAUCUUCACGCCGCUGGAGCGUCGGGGAGUGCAGGUCCGUCGCAGAACCAGCGCCACCAUCACCACCACCAUCACCAUCAUCUCUCGCAGCCUCUGCAGAGCUCCGUCAGCGCCCAUAACAUCCGGGGCUGGGGUGAGGGGAAGGAAUGCGGCCUGGGUUGCGACCUCUGCCCCGGCGAGGCCACGCGCAGCCACGGAUCGUUGGAGCUGGAGAGCAGCACGCGAGAGCAAGGCAAGCCGCGCCGGCGCCCGUUAGAGCGCAUGAGCAGUGUGGACCGGGUGACGUUUAUAGAAAGAGAGGACAACCAGUGGUACCCCAAGGAGAACAUGUUAAGCUUCCAGACUGCCACCACGACCAUGCAGGCGAUAUCAAAUUUCCGGAAGCACCUCAGGAUGGUGGGCAGCAGAAGAAUGAAAGCUCAGACCUUUGCAGAGCGCAGGGCGAAGAGCUUCAACCGCUCCUGGAGCGACCCGACCCCCGUCAAGCAAGACUCGCUGCCCGACUCAAAAGACAGUGGAGAUCUUCCGGGGUCUCCCGGCGUGCCGGACGAGGCAGGGAGCGAUGACACGGGCUGGGAUGAAGAAAAGGAAAUGGAGAGGUUAGCUUGCGAAGGAGACGAUUUCAUCCCUCCUAAAGUCAUGUUAAUAUCGUCAAAAGUCCCGAAGGCCGAAUACGUCCCAAAUAUCAUUAAAAGAGACGACCCUUCCAUUAUACCCAUACUUUACGAUCAUGAGCAUGCUACAUUCGAUGAUAUUUUAGAGGAAAUCGAAAAAAGACUGACCUCCUACAGAAGAGGCUGCAAGAUCUGGCGAAUGCUCAUCUUCUGUCAGGGAGGACCCGGGCAUUUAUACUUGCUGAAAAAUAAAGUUGCCACUUUUGCCAAGGUGGAGAAAGAAGAGGACAUGAGCCAGUUCUGGAAAAGACUAAGCCGAUUUAUGAGUAAGGUGAACCCAGAACCGAACUUAAUCCACAUCAUGGGCUGUUACGUGCUGGGAAAUCCUAAUGGAGAAAAGCUGUUCCAGAAAAUGAAGAACCUGAUGAGGCCUUACUCAGUCACCUUUGAGUCACCGCUGGAACUGUCUGCACAGGGGAAGGAAAUGAUUGAGAUGUACUUUGAUUUCCGCCUCUACCGGCUGUGGAAGACGCGGCAGCACUCCAAACUCUUGGACUAUGAGGAUCUGUUGUGACCCAGAGCUGGUAAAGACAACCUCCCACUGAGACCCCAUCCCACCAGCUCUUAUUAAUGGGAACCAAACUGGACACCAAGCCACUGGUAUCUGAGUCCAUUCUGUAUUUCCCUUCGAUGGAGAUUGUGUACCACUUAAGAUGGAAAACAGCCCGGAAAGGAGAUGUGCCAAGGAUAACAUUUCUUCUUAAAGUGAACAAAGUCUUGGAGUGGGAAAAAUCAGUUUUUCUUGGCAGACUGUUCAGUGUUUUAUAUGUAACAUUUCUGUUUUAGUAAAGCUCUGUUAUGAGAAGUGGGCUUAUAAACAGGAUUGGGCAAUUAAAUACUACAAAUAUUAAGAAUUUGUAUUCGGUCCAAAUGCAUUUUUAAAUCGCAGUAUUUAUAAUAGUUAUUUUAUCAUAUAAAAAAAAAAAAAUUAAAG